GAGGCUGUCGCGGACCGCGCUCACCCUGCUCCCGCGGCUCGGCGCCGCCGGGACGUGUCGCCGCCGGUGAGGCCGCCCCGCGGCCGGGGCACACCCGGGCCUUCCGCAGGAGCGGAGCCGCGGGCUGGCGUGAGGCUGGAGCGCGCUCGGACCUUUUCCUAUAGAUGGGAACGAGGGAAGGAGCCCAGACGUGGCAGCUCAUUCACAGGCAGCUCCUGCAGGACCACCAUGGCUUAUGAUGGCGCCAGGAAGAAAGAAGAGUUCCUAGAGAGUCACCGAGGUGUUGAUGAUGGGCUGGCAACCAGCAGGAUACAGCGAGAAAAGAAGCGCUCUUACAAGGAUCUGCUGCAAGAGGAAGAUGAGGUAGCAACUCAGGACAGUGACUUUUUUCCAGGAACAGAACCUCACAAAAAGAAGAAAAAGCACUCCUCCGAUGAAUUCUGCUACAGAGGUGUUUCGCCUCUGGAUCUACCAUCAAAGAAGAAGAAAAAAGCAGCUUCUAGCCCAUCCUCAGCUGAUCCAACCAUGGAUUUACUCAAGGCUAUCACCUCACCUUUGGCCACAAGCUCAAAGUCUUCAAAGAGGACCUCUGAAAAAUCAUCUCAUUCUUCCUCUGGCCAUUCUGAAAGCAGAAAGGAGCACACCAAGAAAAAGCUGAGUGGGAGCAGUGCGGAGCACUCAGUGGACGAUGGCAGCUCCCACAAAUCUAAAAAAAUGAAACCUCUCUAUGUGAACACGGAAACACUUACUCUUCGUGAACCUGAUGGCUUGAAGAUGAAGCUCAUCCUUUCACCGAAAGAGAAAAGUAGUGCAGCAGAUGAUGAUGCUUUAUCCUACUCUUCAACACCAGCAACUGCAAAGAAAUCUUCAAAGAAAUCAGCUCGAGAUGAGCAAGGCUCAUUUCUGCUGGGUCAUGAACUGCAGGGCUUUCUGAAGUCAUCUCGAAAGAAGCACAAACCGCCUUCUGACUCACAUCCGCCUUCUGAUAGUUUUGGUGCUGACACCUCCCUUCAUUCAGAGGGCCAUGGAAGCGAGUACGAGAUUCCAGGUAUGGAAGCGCCGCCAGAAUCUGGUUCUUCUUCUGGUGGCGAGUUGGAGGCUGGAGAGCUAGUGAUAGAUGACUCCUACCGGGAAAUCAAGAAGAAGAAGAAGUCCAAAAAAAGUAAGAAAAAAAAAGACAAGGAGAAACACAGAGAGAAGAAGCACUCUAAGUCUAAAAAGAGUUCCGGGCAUUCUCCUGUGGCGGUAGCAGAAGUAAGGGUGUCACCACCACCUCCCAGUACCCCCUAUGUUGUUCCUCCACCUCCUCCUGCUGGUUCUCACUCAGAUGGUCAAGGUGAGAAAAGAAGGAAAAAGGAAGACAAGGAGAAAGACAAAGCUGAAAAAUGGGAAAAGGAGAAGGAAAGAGACAAGGAAAAGGAAAGAGACAAAGAAAAGGAAAGAGACAAGGAAAAGGAAAAAGAAAAGGAAAGAGAAAGAGAAAAAGAAAAGGAAAGAGAGAAGGAAAAGGAAAGAGAAAGAGAAAAAGAAAAGGAAAGAGAGAAGGAAAAGGAAAGAGAGAAGGAAAAGGAAAGAGAAAAGGAAAAAGAAAGAGAAAAGGAAAAAGAAAGAGAAAAAGACAAAGAAAGAGAAAAGGAAAGAGAAAGAGAAAAACCAAAGAAGAAAAACAUGUCUGCCUAUCAAGUGUUCUGUAAGGAAUAUCGUACAACUAUUGUGUCUGAGCACCCCGGAAUAGAUUUUGGAGAGUUAAGUAAAAAACUGGCAGAAGUGUGGAAGCAGCUACCUGAGAAGGAUAAACUGAUCUGGAAACAGAAAGCUCAAUAUCUCCAACACAAGCAGAAUAAAGCAGAGGCCACCACUGUGAAGAGAAAGGCAUCGUCUUCAGAUGGUGCACCACCAAAAAUGAAAGCUUCUCCAACAGGAGUGAUUUCCCCUCAUAAGAAAUCCCCCACAAGCACUGUGGUGGUGCCUUCCUCACCUGCCAAAGCCCCCGAGACAGAUCCUAUUGAUGUAGCUGCACACUUACAGCUGCUUGGUGAAUCCCUGAGCCUCAUUGGACACAGACUGCAGGAAACAGAGGGAAUGGUGGCUGUUUCAGGAAGUUUGUCAGUACUUCUAGAUUCAAUCAUCUGUGCUUUGGGCCCAUUGGCAUGUCUGACCACACAACUGCCUGAGCUGAAUGGCUGCCCGAAGCACGUUUUGUCAAACACACUAGACAACAUUGCCUACAUCAUGCCUGGACUUUGAUGGGAAAGGAUUCUGGGAUGUAUACUCAACCUCUGCCUAACUGACUUGUGUACAUAUGCACUACGCCAGAGCUCCUGAAGGGCUCCAUGUGGAGGCUUUUAAAGUUUUAUAUGUGUAUAGUAUAUACAUAGGAUUGUAACUAUUUGAGUUCAAUUUUAUGAAAAGUUGUGAAGAUGAGAAAACCCUUUUGUGUCAGCGGGUGAAACGUCCUCCAAUCUGAAAGUAGUUUGUAUGAAGAAUUCAGAACACUUUUGAGAUACUUGCCUUAAAUAUAGAUCCUUUGAUGGGGGAAGCAGGCAGAGAAUGGACUUCUUGAUGUAAAGAAGAAAGCUGUCACCAUGAGAAAAGUCAUUGAAACAGAUGGCCCAGAGGGGUUCUUGACUCUCCAUUCUUGAUGGUUUCAAAAAUUGAAUGAGCAGCCUGCUCUAGUUGGACUUUCUUUAAGCAGGGAGAUGGACCAGAUGACCUCCUGAUACCCCUGCCAACUUAAAGUAUUCUGAUAUUCUAUGGGCAGAUAGAGAUGAUAGUAUAUUUUGGACCAAGAAAUAGAACUGAAUUCUUCACCAGCCCUAUUUGUAACUCUUUUUCAGUUUAAAAUCCACUGCUUGAGGGGAAAGCUGGAUAGCUGAUUAAA